AUGUACUUCUUCUUGCGCCGCUUUUGGGCAUCGACGGGACUACUUGCUGCUGGCUUUGUCACUGCGACAUUACUGCUGAUAUGGAGGUGGCCACCUGCUCUCAGUGCUGUAAGAAGCUCGAACACGCCUUCAGGACAACCUGAGCUUCGAAUACCCGGUGAUACCAAGAAUAUCGAGAAAGCUUUGGUGAUUCCGAAAACCAGGCACGACGAUGUGCGGUGGAUUGACGGUCUCCACGACGGCGCUGACGCCUUCACCGCAUUCGUCUAUUCCACAGAUGUCUGGUCCGAACCACAGUACCUCGCCCCAAGAACCCUAGCCGGACGAGAAGCCAGCGCAUACCUUUCCUACAUCCUCGAUUACUACGAUGCGCUGCCGAAAUACUCCAUCUUCAUCCACGCCGCCGAAGACCAAUGGCACAAUGAUGUAUACGCGAAAGCAACGAACCAGCCAGACACGCUACGUAGUCUGCGAACUGCAGCGAUCGAUGCGCAUGGUUAUGUGAAUCUGCGGUGCAAGCUGCAUCCGGGAUGUCCGCCAGAUAUUGCGCCUAACACAGCUGAGGGUGUAGAGAUGCCGAAGAGUAAUCCACGAGCCGACUUUGCCGGGAUAUUCAUGGAGGUGAUGGGCGUCAAUAGAAGCCAGGUGCCGGACCAUAUUGGCAAUGUGUGCUGUGCGCAGUUUGGUGUGAGCAGGGAGAGCAUACUGCAGAGGCCGAAGGUGGACUAUGAGCGGAUGCUCAAGUGGGCGCAGGGUCAGAAAGACUUUGACGGGUUCGGAGUCGGAUUCGUGUUCGAGAAACUGUGGCAUAUCAUCUUCGGCAUGGAUGCCUUGCAGUGA